AGGAGAAGUUUGGUUGACAAACCGUAACCAGCAGAAGGUGACGAGUUUUUAAAAAUUGUGUUAUUUGAUUGUGUGCUUGGACUUUAUGCGGCUGGAACGCUCACAGGGGACGCGUUAGGCAAGAGGGACCGCGUUUUAGGUUUCCGUCACUUUUAAAAGUCUUCCCUGUCCCGGUUCGUUUGAGGACUCGGAGGUCGUUGGACUCCCGAUGCUGGGCGACGGAGAGCCGCAGCGUGUUGCUACAGAGUUAAAGAAACCACAAGUUAGCACCAGACGGGAAGAGAGAGGCUCUGUUUGUGCUGUGUUGUGCUAACUGGCUGUGUGUAUAUGUGUGUGUGUAUAUAUAUAUUAUAUAUAUUAUAUAUAGGUGUGUGUUGGGGUAUGAAUUUGUAACUGGAGCUGACAGAGAUCCAUCAAGUCCUGUUUUAUUUUUAUUUAUUUAUUUUCUUUAAAGCAUACUUGAAAUAUCUAUUAUUUUAAGUGCAAGAAAUCCAGGGCUCACUCGAGUGCUCCUGGGAAACUUUUUAUUUUAUUUAAUAGUCGAUUUCAGAUGUUCACAUUCACACACUGAGUUGUGGUUUUAAUGUUGCAGAGUGUCAGAGACGCGCAUAAAGUUGUUGUGAAACUUUAAUCAGGCCAGUGUGGUGGUGAUGUUUGGACUCCUCCAGUAAGUACCAUGAUGGGUUCGUGUUGCUCAUCAUAACACACACACACACACAGGAUGGAUUUCCCUUUUGCACCCUGCUCCUGCUGUCAGCCUGUGGAUUAAGCCUGAUACCAAACUAUUCCUCCUUAUAUUUUGAUUCACAGCUGUGAGCUGAUGCUGGAAUUGCUGCACUAGUUUUUUUGGGGAUUUUAUUUCACACACAAUGAAAAGUUUAUGAAGUGAUCUUUUCGUCUGGAGCAUCCCUAAAUCUCUAGGGGCUGGUCAGGUCAGUUGUUGAUCCAUACCCAUGUCGUCUUGCUUGCAUGCAUGUCUACAGACUGUAUAAACGAGUAUAGCACGAGUUUGGUUUAGAAAAAAAAAAAAAAGAAAAGCAGGACUUGAAGCAGGAAGCCGGCGGAAAUGGCCGGGGAGUGCACGUACGGCACGCGCAACGCCGCUGAUGGCACUUUGUGUCCCAGAGAGAGACAGGAGCAGUUCCCUGGUGACCUCAGCAGCGGCGUGUCUUCUUCCUCAUCCGCCUCUUCGUCGCCCUUCUUCGAGACCAUCGACGGGUUUCUGUACCGUAAAAAGUUGGAGAAGGGUUUUGUGCAGUACCGUGAGGUGUUGGCCGAAGACAAGCAGUUCCAGUCCAUCCAGGCUUUCCACAUGAGGACGCCCGGGAGCCCUCAUCACACCCUGGAGGACACGUACCGGCUAGUAGCAGAGCACUACUGGUGGGAAGGAAUGUACUUUCAAGUCAGAGACUUUGUUCUGGGCUGCAAAGAAUGUCAACUAAGGCAGGCUGAAAAAGCAGAGUGCUCAAAAGUGGGGAACAUGUCUAAGAUGGUGAAAUCACAUAGUCAUGAAGUUCUGAGCAAGCUGAAUAGCCAAAGAGAGGCUGGGCUGUUCUGUGACAUCACACUGAAAACUGGUAGUGGCCACUCGUUUGUUGCUCACAAGGCAGUGUUGGCAGCUGUGAGCGAGUAUUUCCAAGAACUCUUUACUGAAAUGGACUCUGCCACUGAACCUCAGCCACAUGUUGACCUGACAGGUUUCAGUGAGGAGAGCUUGCUUGCUUUGCUCGAGUUUUCCUAUACAUCCACCCUGACUCUGAAUUUGGGCACAGUGACGGAGGUAGCAGCAAUGGCUCGCCACCUCCGCAUGUGGCCUGCUCUGGAGGCUUGUUCUGCUCUACAGAGUGAGCAAGAGGCUGGCCAGCAAUCCUCCAAACUGCUAAAUCCCAUAGGAAUACCCUCUGUAAUGCCUGGGUUUUCCUCUGUGAAGACCUUGAGAAACCAAAGCUCCCCUUCAGGAAGGACAGCAGGAUUUAAAAGAAAAGGGGAGAACAAACAAGGGGGAGCCUCAGGGCCUUCCUGGAAAAGCACGUUGCAAAGCAAAGUAUAUGUAGUAGAGGGGACUGAUGAAUCCGACAAAGAGGGUGAUGAUCAAACGUUAUCUGCCCAGUGCCAAAUCCAGACCCUUUCUAGUCUUCAGACGGAGGAUAAUGGGUUUCCGUGUAGCCCAACUCGCAGGAUGAAACUUAUGGACUUCAAAUCUCCAUCCAGGAAGAGGAAAUUGUCCCCUCGCCCCUUAUCAGUCAUUCAAACAUCUCCCUCUACUUCUACUCGAUCCUCCUCUCCAUCCCGCCGACUGCUUCGCUCCACACCAGGAGCUGCACUAGCCUUGCGUAGGCUCCUGCCCAAACUUGACCUCUCUUCCAAGAGGAAGCGGAAGUCCUCCUCUUAUCAGCGGGUAUACAGGGUAAAGAGUGAUCUCUCGGUGGAACCUUCUCAAUCUCAGCCAAGUCCAGUAGUCCCAGUGAAGGUGAAGCAAGAGGCAGAGGAAGAAGUAGUGUGUAGUGCAAUCCCACAGGAUGAAGUGCACAGUCCUCGUGCUCAGGAGAAGUAUCGACUACUUAGUUUCCUUGGCUUGCAGAGGAAGUCCCUUGUACCUGGCCCAGAGGAGCUGUCAGGCUGGGGGCAAAAGAAGAGACUUAGGAAGUUGAAAGUGAGUGACUACUCUCUUACAGCCCGACGCAAACCCCGUACACAAAGUUUAGGGGGAAUUGCUUCUGGCCUUGGAGGUUUAAUGGGAGUCAACUCCUCUAUGUCCCUCUGUGACAUGACCAGAAUGGAUCUUCUGAAGAAAGUGAUAAAAGUAGAACCCCAUGUCACCAUGGACAAGAAAUUCAAAAGGAAAAACACAGCUGGUCAAACGGAGCAUUUGAGUGUUAGGACCACACGCAGCCAAUCAAUGAAGGUAGGCUCAGGGGGGACUCGUAAUGAUUGUCCAUUAAGAAACCGUUCUAGCAGCUCAAACAAACCAUUGCCUCGACCUCCAGGCAGAGAAAGGGUCGCAGUGCAAGGAGUCCAUGCCCCUCCAAAGAAAGUUAAAACAAGGACAAAACAGGAACCCCGAGAGUAUGCCAUCUCUCAAACUGCCCCCUCCCACAAUUGUACCCGGCGCAGUCAGGGACCCACAGUCGCUCCUUCUAAAGUCAGAGUAGAUCGCUCACUAAGAAUCACUACCACACAAUCAAAGCGUAUGUUGCGCUACAACAUUGGACGUUCGACGACAGACAAGCGCAAAGGUACGAGGCAAAACAAGUCAGUCCAAGAAAAGACCAAACAGAGAAGGGGAGGAUGUAAAGCAAAUGGUGUCAGAGAGAACAAAAAGGUCAUGGCACCCAGAAAGAGAACAGAAGACACGGUGGUAGAUCUUAAGGGUACACAAGGUUGGGAUUUUUCCAAUACCAACCACCAGCACUACAAUAAUCCUUUGUAUAAGGUUAUAAAAGAAGAGCCAGCAGACCCUCUACCCUUGACCCAGCCCUUCCUAAAUAGUGAUGCCUCUGACCUGGGUAAACGCCAAAGCAAACCACCUGUGAAACUCUUAGACCAAGGUUUUCUUUUCGGACUUUGCCGACCGUCAGGUGGAAUCAAGAGGGAGGAGGAGAGUGUGGACAUCUGCUUGACUCGCUCUGUCUCCCACAGUAGUGCUUCCCAUAGCAACACAUCACCUGACAUUGUUAGAAGAGACCGGAUUAGAGCAAGGAUCACGUCAGAGGGAUCUGGGCUAAACGGACCUCACUGGACAGGGCUUGGCAACAGGUCAACUUCCUCUUCUCAAAGGGUACUUGUCCGAGUGAAAAAGGAAGAGGAAAAGAUGGAUGUAUCCCAGCAGUCAAAAGCAAACAGAAGUUUUAUCCAGCUCAAAGAUGGCCAAGGGAGCUGUAAGGUUAAAAGAGAACCACCAAAGACAAAGAAUGUAAACAAGUUGUAUCCUGUGAGCAGUCGGCGCACUGUUCUGCUGGAGUCAAUCCGACGCACUAAUCUUAAUGAGCAAAAGAGUUCCCGUGGUCAGUCCUCUGGUGGAGCCCAUGCGUGCCUGCAGUGCAGAGCAUCUUACAGGGACUGUGAUGGCCUCAUUAUGCACCGAAUCAGGCACAUUGAAGGCAAACACUGGCCAUGUCCUUUGUGCAGCAAGACAUUUUUCAGACAGAAAAAUGUGAGAAACCACAUAAGGACGCACAAUCCCAAACUCUACAAAUGCCGUCAGUGCAUUGCUUCCUCUUAAGGUGGAGAACACUGGGACAAAACAGUGAAGACGAGGCUGGCUUUUUUCUUCUUUUUUUUUUUUUUAAUAUGAAACUGUAAAUACCUGAAUGUGUUACAUGAGAAUGAAGUUCAGUCUAUAGAUGUAAUUAUGGUUAUUGGUAUUCUGUGAUUUUUUUUUUCCCCCCUCUCCCGUUAUACAAUAAUAGUAAUUGUUAUUUAAAUAAUCAAACUAAAGACAUUUUGCAGUUUAGAUAGAUGGGGAACUUGAACCAUUGAUGUUUCUCUCAGGGGAUGGAGCCUGGUGGUCAUGGUGAUAUUUGUAAAUAAGGAUUAUGUAGAAUGCUUUAAGAAGAUUACUACUAUUGUAAUUGCUGCAAUUAUAAUAUUAUUACAGUUAUUUUUUAUAAAUAGUAUAAUCUUGAGUGCACUUAAAAAAAAAAGUAGCUUUGUUUUGAAACCUAAGAAUACUUGUCAAGUGGUCAGGUGAGCGUUCUGGGAUCUACUUGAAUGGUGGCUGAGGUGGAGCUUUUGAUCUUCCCUUGGUUCAAGGUAAUUUGAUGAUAAAUUAGAAAAUGGACAAGAUGGAGCGUACCAGCACUGACUCAGUCUCCAAAUGAAGAGGGAUAGUUGGAGGAAAUGAGAUUUCUUGCUGUUGACUGUAGAUGAAAAUGCCUGUUUUUGCUUAUGUUUGCCAUCUUGAUCUUUGUUGACGGGCAAAUUUCAUAUCGCUUUUAAAAUAAGGGAAUCCCAACAGGUUUAAAUGUGACUUUUUACAAUGUCAUAUGUUUUCUGUAUAUUGCUGUUUUGGAAAUUUGUUUUUAAUGAGGCAAUGAAAACCUUGUCAGCUUUUUUUUUUUUUUAAGAUCCAAAGCUUCCACAGGAUUUAAUGCAGUGAAGUUGUAUGAAGUUUUAAAUGUAGUGAUUUUAGUCUGAAACCACAGAUGUUUUCAAACUGUAAAAAGACCAAUAUCAAUAUAAAUAAAUUUUGAAUUUUACUCUGCAAUUGUGUGGCAAUAUUUUCAUACCACAGAAUAUAGUGGUGAUGUCUUUGGAAUGAUUUAAGAUAUAAAGCACAUAAGAAAAUUGGGGCACACUAGUUUUUGUGAUAUGGAAAUAUUUUGUAUUUCUACUUCUUUGUGGCAUCUUUAAUAUUUGUAACCCUCAAGACCUUUGCAUUGAUGGGAUAAUUUCAGGAUAUUACUAUAAGCUGUAAGCCCUGAGUAAGUGCAUCAGCACAGCCCAUUGUCAGCUUUUCUUUUGCAAUCCUGUUUUUUAAAUAUGCAUGACACGUUUAUUGUCGCAAGCAUGACGUACCUGAAAAUCCUCUGUAGUUCUUUUGUGUACUAUUGUGCAUUUAAAACAAAACUUCAGAGAUGGGCUGCGGGAAGAAUAAAUCCUUUUAUCUUCUGCAAUAAAAUGUCUACAGAAAUACAA